AUGGAUAAAUCCACACCACCACCAUCCCUUCCCCAUUUGUCGGCUCCGCCUCCGGACUAUGAUCCUGCCCCUCCUUCUCUUCCUGAUCCAGAUGAGAUCCUCCCGCCAGCAAUAUUGACCCUCCACGGCCGCUUCAUCUACCCGGUCCAGCCGUGCGGCACGCCGUCGUCAAAUCCUCUCUACCAGCUCUCGCGCGCUAUCCACGCACAGGGCCGCGCGACCGAGUCCAUUGACUUCCAGCGUCUCGAUUACCGCGUACACAACAGCGAUGGCUUGGUGGGGCCCUCAGUGACGCACCGCGCGCGCGACGUCUACACGCUACUUCACCGACCACCGAUGUUCGAUUACGUGCCGCUCGACGCGCGCAUUGCGCCGCCGACGACGAAUCUGAAGCGUAACAUGGGUCAACUAAAGGUGCUGGUGAGUCUCUGGGCACCAUACCUGCCUGGGAAGAAGAAGUUUCGCGUGGUGCGUGUGCCGCCCGAGGAUGACCAGGCGAUAUGGCGUCUGCGCGGAGACAAGGAGAAGCUGAAGGAGAAAAAUUGGGAGACGGUGUUUCAGUUGAGCAGAGAGCAUGACAAGGAAUGGUGCUGGCACGAUUCCGAGGGUAGAUUGUUAGCGAGACAGAUGGAGCAAGUCAGGAAGGCAGGUGAAACUGAGGAGACGGAGCAAGAGCACCAGCUGCGCAUCUUAGUGCCGCUUCCUCGGAAGGAGAUGGAUGCCCUGGUCGCAUUGUGGUGCUUGUGGAUGUGGCAUCUCCACGUCGAGGCCACGCCUGUGAAGAAGACGCUGGAUGAUGUGCGGCGAAUCAUGGCUGCGGCGCCCGGUGUGUGGAGAUAUUAG